ACGAAGUAUUCCACGAUGAACGCCCUGGUCGCUGCUACCUUCCUCGCCCUCGUGGCCGCCGUCUCUGCCGGAGGAUUUCCCCCCGCCCCAUCUGCCUACGCUGCUGGCGUCUAUGGUCCAUCCAUCGGCUCCUAUGGCUUCGGUGCUAGAGCCUACCAGCCAGCUGGCUACGACCUCCAGACCCGCUACAGCGGUGGUGUCGGCGCUGUUGGUUAUGGCGUUGCCCACGGUGCUGGCUACGCCGCUGGUCUUGGCUACGCUGGUCUCGGUUACGGCUACGGUCUUGGCCACGCUGGUCUAGGCUAUGCUGGUCUCGGCUAUGCUGGUCUCGGCUAUGCUGGUCUCGGCUACGCUGGUCAUGGUUACGGCCUUGGCUACGGCUACGGCGCCGGCUACGGUCUUGGCUACGGUGGUCUUGGCUACGGUGGUCUUGGCUAUGGCUACGGCGCCGGUUACGGUCUUGGCCUCGGCUACGCAAAGCACGCCAAGGUUGUUGUGUAAAUGGCUCCGCCAAAGAACUUAAGUUAUUUCUCGUACACCCGCAACCACAAUGCAAGGGAACAGCCGAACAUCGAGGCUGCCGUCGAAAGGUGUGACUCUCCGCAGAAAUGUGGAUUCGUACACAAGCAAUAAAGCAAGCCUUUAAGUACA